CGGGCAAUGCGGAAUCGCUCGGUGGGAUCAUGCGGUCCGUCAACUACGUGCAGCGCGUGGCGCUGGAGUUCAGCGGGAGCGUCUUCCCGCGCGCCAUCUGCUUAGGAGAUGCGGACAACGACACGCUGAAUGAGCUAGUGGUUGGCGACACCAGUGGGAGACUAUUUAUAUACAAGAAUGAUGAAAGCAAGCCUUGGACUGUGUGCUCGUGUCAAGGAAUGCUUACCUGUGUUGGUGUUGGGGAUGUGUGCAAUAAAGGAAAGAACUUGGUUGUUGCAGUGAGUGCUGAAGGUUGGUUUCAUCUCUUUGACCUCACUCUACCUUCAAAGCAUAUGGAUGCCCUGGGCUAUCACGAACUCCCAACAGCAGAUGACCAAAAACUGGGAUUCAGGCAGCACAUUCCUGCCAACACCAAAGUUAUGCUGAUCAAUGACAUUGAUGGAGAUGGGAAGAGUGAACUGGUGGUGGGUUAUACAGACCGCGUUGUGCGUGCCUUUCGUUGGGAGGACUCAUCUGAGAAUUCAGAGAAUAUCUCCGGACAGCUGGUGCUGCUCAAAAAGUGGCUGCUGGAGGGACAGGUGGACAGCCUUUCAGUGAACCCAGGUGCUGAUUGUGCUCCUGAGAUGAUGGUGUCCCAGCCCGGGUGUGGUUAUGCAGUUUUACUCUGUACUUGGAAAACAGAGCUGCAGCCUCCAGCAGAGAAAAUAGACAGCAGUGCAACCAGCAGGGAUGCCCCAAUCCAAGAUGUCAUUCUCCACCAGACAUCAGGUAGAAUUCACAACAAGAAUGUUUCUACUCAUCUCAUUGGCAGCAUUAGCAGAGGGUGUACCAAGGAUCAUUGUAGGUCGGAUCUUUUUGCGCUCUGCACUUUGGAUGGGACACUGAAACUCAUGGAAGGAGCAGACAAGCUGCUGUGGUCAGUACAGGUCGACCACCAACUUUUUGCUCUAGAAAAACUGGAUGUGACCGGAAAUGGUCAUGAGGAGGUAAUUGCUUGUGCUUGGGAUGGUCAGACAUACAUCAUAGACCACAGCCGAACAGUGGCUAGGUUCCAAGUAGAUGAAAAUGUGAGCGCCUUCUGUGCAGGUCUAUAUGCCUGCAAAGGGGGCUGCAAUAGCCCUUGUCUGGUAUAUGUCAGUUUCAACCAAAAGAUCUACAUUUAUUGGGAUGUGCAGCUGGAGAGAAUGGAAUCCACCAAUUUGUUGAAGAUACUAGAGAGAAACUCUGAAUACAGAGAUCUCUUGUUCCAGCUUGAUGUGGUUGAAGAUGAUGUUCCUGCUGUCAAAGACCUGAUUCACAAGACCCUGUAUUUUCCAGAGGAGCAGCUGAAUAACACUUCUCAGUAAUGGCUCUUAGCCAGAACAUCAUCCUCUAACUGCCAACCUAUUACCCAAGACACCUUAUGAAUAGACAGCAUAUAUUCACACAACUAAUAGCACUGCUUCUCAUGUCCUCAACUUGCUAGAUAUGGCUUGACUUUAUGCAUCAAACUCAAUGACCUCCUUCACAUGUCAUGACAACCCAGAGUACAGGUGGAGUAUGGAUUGAGUAUGGAUUGCGGAUUGUCAUUCCCUGUGAACCCUGCACUACAGUUUAACUAUGGGUUGUUAACCACGUUCAGUCCAGAAUUCACAGCCGAAGAACAAACCAUGGGCUCGCUUCCAGGGUUGUUCAUUAUUAAUGACCCAUAGUUAUACAGGGUUCACACACAACAACAACUCAUGGUUUAAAAACACUCCACAAUUCAAGCCAUGCUCAGCCCAUACUCUGGGUUGUCAUUAAGUGUGAACCAGGCCUUCGUCUUGACGUUGGUGCAUCAGCACCACGAGGCCUCAGACUCCCACAUUGGUGCUCCUUCCCAGGAAAUCUGCACGGGAAGGAGCACCAAUGCGAAGUUGCCACCGCUGCCAGUCUGAGCACCGAGGAUGAGGGAGGAAUGGAGCAGCUGGCGCUCUGACCGCUCUCUGGCUGCCCCAUUCCUCUCCUCCCAUGUUUUUUUUUUAAUCUGUAGAUACGAAACUUGGCAUACACUUGGCAUACAGAUUAAAAAAAAUGGGGGGGGGGGACAGGACAGCCAGAGGGAAGAGAGCCAGUUCUAGCUCCACACAUCCCUCUCUUCCUCCCCCUCUGGCUGCCCUAUUCCUUUCCCCUUCCUCUGUUUUUUUUAAAUUUGUAGAUGUGAAGGUUCGUAUCUACAGAUUUAAUUUUUUUAAAAAAAUGUGGGGGUAGGAAGAGAGGGAUGUGCAGUGCCCGAACUGGCCCUCCUCCAGCCGAUGGCGACCAAUCAAGGGGCGCCGUCGGCUGUGGCAUGCCAUCUCCAACUCAAAAAAGUCAGGGUAAGUGCCUGACUAUUUUAAAGCGGAGUUUUGGGGGGUUGUCCCUGGAUGGCUUUGGAAUGGUGGCUGCAUCAUAUAGCAGACCUGCCAUCACUCCGAAUCCACCCCGCAGCAAAUCCCUCAUCAAGACAAGCCCCAGGCUAAUCUCCAAAGAGGUGGAACCACCAGUGUUGAUCCUAAAGUGAUGAGAAAGUUUUAGCCAAAAGCAAAGUAAUGCUUUUUACAUUCUUCCUUUUACAUUCUUUUACAUUCUUCUCAUGAGCUUCAUUCUUUGUGUUAACUUUGCAUCAGUCACUUUCUUUCCUGUCCAAAACACUGACUUGCAAAAUUUAAAAUUUAAGUACAGAACAAAUUCAAAAGGGAAGAGAAGUUUACUGUCAAUAUGAAAGUCAAUAAUGUAGGGUGGAGUGUUUUCCAAGCGAGAAGUUCUAAGCAAAAGUUUGUAUCAAUCAAAAUCAGUAAGUCAAUAUGCAAAAUAUUGUUAGAUUUAAGUUUGUAUCUUUUUUAUUCCUAUUUGCUUUAGUAGUUAUAUUUUUGUUGAAAAUGUAAAUAAAGAUAAUUUUAAAGGA